AUGCUUGGUGAAGAGGCACAAUCGUCUUCCAGUUCUGGAUUGUGCUUGGCAGGCAUCGAUGACGUCGAGGAGUUACCUUGGAAAGAGAAUGAAUCAGACAGGUCUACGUCAUCGGAGAUGCAAGAUCAUCUUCAUGAUUUAGUUCAGAGUGGAAACAAGGCGUUCCGAGAGAACAGAAUGGAUGAGGCAAUCAACUGUUAUUCAAGAGCUAACAACAUCAAACGUGGUGAUCCUAUCAUCCUUAGUAACAGAUGCAUUGCCUAUAUCAAAUUUGCCGAGUUCUUGAAAAACAGACCUCCAUCCAUUUCAGAAUAUCGGCCAAUAAGUGGGUUGGAUCCUACAACACAUGCUGGGCUUGCACUAAAAGAUGCUGAGAAGGUGAUGAGCCUAAGAACUAAUUUAGCAAAAUCAUAUAUUUUGAAGGCAAACGCACUCAUUUUGUUAGAAAAGUAUGACCUUGCCCGGGAUGUUAUCAUUUCAGGCCUUCAAAUUGAUUCUUCCAGCGAUCUUCUUCUCAAUCUGGAGAGAUCAACUGCUGCGCUGACUGGAAGGAGAAACCUUGGAAAAACAUUGCGAACUGAUGACUUUGAUUGUACUCUUUGUUUGAAGUUAUUAUAUGAGCCUGUCACAACCCCUUGCGGCCACUCUUUUUGCCGCUCUUGCUUGUUCCAGUCAAUGGAUCGAAGUAACAGGUGCCCACUGUGCAGAACAGUUCUUUUCAUCAGUCCUAGAACGUGCGCAAUCAGUGUUACAUUGAAAAGCAUAAUCCAGAAGAAUUUUCCCGAAGAGUAUGCUGAAAGAAUGUCUGAACAUGAGAAUUUGACAAACCCUGGUGUGGAUUUGUUACCAUUGUUUGUCAUGGAUGUUAUUUUACCUUGUCAGAAGUUUCAGUUGAAUAUAUUUGAACCUCGUUAUAGACUCAUGGUGAGGAGGAUUAUGGAAGGAAACCGUCGAAUGGGAAUGGUCAUCAUUGAUUCAAUGACUGGUUCCAUAGCUGACUAUGGCUGUGAAGUCGAGAUCACUGACUGUGAGCCACUUCCGGAUGGAAGAUUUUUUCUUGAGGUUGAAAGUCGUCGAAGAUGUCGCAUCACUCGCAACUGGGACCAAGAUGGGUAUCGUGUCGGCGAAGUUGAAUGGGUUCAGGACUCAUAUCCACCAGAAGGGACACAGGAGAGAAAUGAUUUGCAGGAAAUGGUCACUAGGACUGCCGCAUAUGCUAGGCAAUGGUUGAGAGCAGCACAAGAAGCAGCUCGAGGAGAUAGAUUAAGACUUGCUGAACUUUUCAAAAUAGAAGGAUUGAUACCAUCGACACAGGAUCCAGAGCGUUUCAGUUUCUGGCUGGCUACGCUGACUAACAGAAGACCAUCAGAGAGGUUGGAGCUUCUGCGCUUACGAGAUACGAAAGAGAGAUUAAGAAGAGCCCUCCUCUAUAUGAAGGCAGACGAGCAAGGAUGUAGGCUUCAAUGA